UUUUAGUGCCUUCCACUAUUUUGUUUUGUUGACGUCUCUAUUUUUUAGUAUUGGCCUAAUUUUCACAAAUUUAAUUUUAUUGUCUUCUGUUCAUUUAUUUGGUCCAAAUAAUUGGCCUCCAGAAAUUAGUAGACUUUGCCUUUCAAUCGACCAAAAUCGUCAAUUAAUCCACCCUAUUUUAUUGCCUGAACAAACUUCACUUUUAUUACCUUUUUCAACAACAUUAAAUAAUAAAUUGCCGUCACAAUGCAAAUCUUUAUGGGAUUAUCCCCAUCCUUUACCUUUAACCUCAAAAUGGACACUGGGGAUGGCUAGAAGGAUUCCUGGGCAAUGGCAAGCUCGAAUACCUUUGAAAGUUGAUGGAAGCCUUAUGCUUGCUGUCAGUACCCACUUCAUUUCCAACUACACUCAACAACGCUCUCCCCAACAUUUUAUCUUCUAUGAUUACGCUCUCCUUAAAUUUGGUUCAAACUCUACAAAACCUAUUGAAUGUAACAGACAAAAAUAUUCUGGAUGGUUGUUUACAAGCAGUAAAUCCCUUCAAUUAGGCUUCCCCUAUUUUCUGGCUUGUUCUCCCAGUAUUUAUUUUAGAAAGGCGGCUUUAAUUGACUGUAAUACUUUGACUAGAAGAUUAUAA